CGCCUGUGAGGGCGGGUCGGGAGCUGGGUCUUUAACUCUUUCCCCACUCUCCCACAUGGAGACCUACGCGGUGGCCGGUGGGGGGGGGGAAGUAUUGCGAGAAUCACCGCAAUAACAUCCACAACACCAAGGAAUGCUUCACGCUUUAGAAGGAGAUACAGUGGUUGAUUGCCCAAGGGCCCGUUCCUCGGGAGGACGGUGCACCUCCAUUGUAGGGGGCAUCAGAAGGAAGAACCUGUAGGAAGCUGGUCGAGCUAGUCGGCGUGGCCACAUAAGGAAGGAACCCAGAGAAGAGGCUCAUUGGCUCGGAGUGCGACAAUUUGGAUGACGAUGAGGCACAGGGGUACCCGGUUGGAUUCAUCCAUGGAGGAAACACCGAGGGGACUUUGUCGCCCAAAGGAAGAAUUGGAAACACAUGGCCUACAUUGCCAAAGUCCACCAGGCACCGGCGUCAAAGCUCGGGAGAAGGGAGCAAAUCCAAUUCACGGAAAAGGACCUUCCGAACACACUGAUCCCCCACUGAGACGCUCUUGUCGCCCAGGUGGAGAUAGACAACAAUAUAGUGCACCGAACCUUGGUGGAUACCGAAAGCUCGGUAAACAUUAUGUACGAGAAGACCUUCCCGGACCUUGGCCUUAAUCGAAAAUAUCUUAAGCCGGCGUGCACCCACCGAACCUUGGUGGAUACCGGAAGCUCUGGUGCUUUGAUCGAUGUUACUUUUGAAGCUCCCUUCUUUCUCGGAGCUUUUUUAUGAUUAAUGUCCCUGAUAUCAUAAUAAGCACUGGGAAUUUAU